AUGCAAUUCUUUGCAUGCUGCACCAGCAGGAUACAAGAAAGGCCAACGCGCGACUUCAACGACGACAACGAGCGAGCUGGUGGCUCUUCGCAGGAUGUCGGCCUUGGCAUUGCCUUCAAGCCAGACAAGCAGGGGCACCUGGAGGUUAAACGGCUCGUGAAAGGUGGACCAGCAGAAAAGUCGAAUCUCAUCAAGGUGAGCAACCAAGACCUCGGGGACGUCCUGCACGCAGUGGAUGGAGAGAAUGUUCUAGGGAGGAGCAGGAUGGAGGUUGUGAACCUCUUGAAGGGGCCCCAGGGGACCAAGGUCAAGGUCAAGGUUCUGCGACCUGAACCCAAUGGGAAGAAGACAUUUUACGAUUUUGUUUUGGAGCGACAGCCCUUCGAGGACAUAUGA